AUGAUUCCUGGGAAGUACCGCUCUGUUUCUGGCCGGGCUGAGAACAACAUUGAAUUCAAGCUAAAUAAAGAAACACCAUCAUUCUCUGGUUGACUCUUGCAACAUGAUCUUGAAAGAAACUACUCAAGUAGGCAAGGUGAUCAUAUUCAUCUGGCGAGCUCAUCAAUGCCAUCAUUUCCCAUUCUGCAGCGUUCUUCUGAAGAGAAAAUUCUUUACUCAGACAGGUUGAUCCUAGGAAGGCAAAAGCUGACUGUAUGUCCUAUCAUUGAUGGCGAAGAACACCUUCGUUUGUUGAACUUCCAACACAAUUUUAUAACUCGGAUCCAAAAUAUUUCUAAUCUACAGAGGCUAAUAUUCUUGGAUUUAUAUGAUAACCAAAUUGAAGAAAUCAGUGGGCUUUCUACUCUGAGAUCCCUCCAUGCCCUUCUGCUGGGGAAAAACAGAAUCAAGCAAAUUUCAAAUCUGGAGAACCUCAAAAGCUUAGAUGUCUUGGACCUUCAUGGAAAUCAGAUUACCAAAAUCAAAAAUGUCAGUCAUUUGUGUGAUUUGAGAGUUUUAAAUCUUGCUAGGAACCUUUUAAGUCACGUUGAUAAUCUUAAUGGGCUGGAUUCACUAACUGAACUUAACCUGCGACACAAUCAGAUCACUUUUGUGAGAGAUGUGGACAAUUUCCCCUGCCUCCAACGUCUGUUUCUCAGCUUCAACAAUAUCUCUACUUUUGAAAGUGUUUGCUGCCUUGCUGACUCUUCUUCUCUCUCAGACAUCACUUUUGAUGGCAAUCCAAUAGCUCAAGAGUCAUGGUACAAACACACUAUCCUUCAGAAUAUGAUGCAGCUGCGCCAGCUGGACAUGAAGAGAGUCACGGAAGAAGAAAAGCGUAUGGCAUCUGUUGUAGCCAAAAAGGAGGAAGAGAAGAAAUGGGAAAGUCAUAAACAGUCCUUGCUUAAGGAGAAGAAAAGAUUAACGAUUAACAACAUAGCUUGAAAGUGGGCCUUGCAACAGCAUCGAAUACCCAAUAUUGCUCCAAAUCAAGAUAGAAAAUUUUCUGACUCUUCUCAAGACGCUUCUCAGCUCCACGGAAGCACUGUCUCUGCAUUUCCAGAGGAAACAGGGUCUCUGGACUCAGGACUCACCAAUGCUUUACAGGGUUUAUCUGUCACAGAUACACACCUUGUUGAAGUGGAUGGGGACACACUUUCCCUGUAUGGCUCAGGAGCACUGGAAUCUCUAGAUCGGAAUUGGAGUGUUCAAACAGCAGGAAUGGUGACAACAGUGUCCUUCACUUUCAUAGAAUUUGAUGAAAUCGUCCAAGUGCUUCCCAAAUUGAAGAUUAAAUUUCCUAAUUCUCUGCACCUUAAAUUCAAGGAAACAAAUCUUGUAAUGCUGCAGCAGUUUAAUGCACUAGCUCAACUCCGCCGUGUCGACCAGUUGACAAUUGAUCCUCAAGGAAAUCCAGUUGUCAAUUUUACACUCUGGAAAUACUAUGUACUGUUUAGGCUGAGCCAUUUUAGUAUGCAGACAAUAAAUGGGACAGAGGUGACGCAGAAUGACAUGAUAAUGGCUGAAAGUCUCUUUGGAAUCUUAGCACAUGUCGCAUCUUCCGAGUUACCCCAGUACCGUAUGAUUUCAAUUCUGGGUGAUGCCAGAAAGAAGCAAUUCCGGUAUCUGCUAGAAACCAAAGGAAAAAAACCUGGUCUUGUCAAUGAAGAAAACAACGAUAGCAAAAGACUUGUAGGAGAAAACACAAACCGUGCUAUGCUAAAUUAUACCACGAGAGACUUUUAUAACGAAAGGCUAGAGGAAAUAAAGGAAAAAAAGAAAUUCUGCAAGAUGUAUAUGGAGGACCUUGUGAAGGAAGCCACGGAAAUCAACAUGAAAAACGAGGCUCUGCAGAAGCUUUGGCCGCCGAUGUUCAUUGAGCUUGUUAGGGACGCAGUCAUAGAAAUCCGCAAUAAAAAUUCCUACAUGAAGCUUUGCCUACAGCAGAUAACUGACCAAAAAUAGAAAUGGCUUUUAGUUACAGUUGAUUUUAGCAGUUUUGUGUUUUUGAAGGUUGAAAACAAGUAGGUUAAACAUGUUGAAACAACACUAUCCUACAAACUAGAAAGCCUAGCAUCAAAGCACUAUUGCCUACUGUUCCCGUAGUUAAAGGUGAGGAAGGAAGG